AUGCAUACCAGUCUACUAUCCGGCAGCAGAAACGCGGAUGUCGAGGCCCAGGCCGGCACUGAGACAUCGCAUCCAAGAAAUGUGAAGCCCUCGACAGAAACCGAAUACACGGUCCCCAUGGGGAAGAAACUCGCAUAUCUUGGAACCUACUUCAUGUUGAAUCUCACCUUGACCAUCUAUAACAAAGCAGUACUCGGGAGGUUGUCAUUUCCAUGGCUACUGACAGCUCUUCAUACAUCGUCCGCAUCCAUCGGAUGUGGUAUUCUACUGCUACGGGGCAGCUUCACGCUCACAAAGCUGACCCCCCGGGAGAACAUGAUUCUGGCCAUGUUCUCGUUCCUCUUCACCCUCAACGUGGCCAUGUCCAAUGUCUCAUUGAACAUGGUCUCCGUUCCCUUUCAUCAAAUCAUGCGAUCAACGUGUCCGGUGGCCACCAUUCUUUUAUACCGAACCGUCUAUAGCCGCACUUACUCCACCUCGACCUACCUUUCCAUGAUCCCGUUAAUUUUCGGAGUCGGACUGGCGACGUAUGGGGAUUACCAAUUCACCACCCUUGGCUUCGUGGCCACCAUGGUUGGCGUCAUAUUAGCCGCCGUAAAGACGAUCGUCACGAAUCGACUCUUGACCGGCUCCCUAAAGCUACCCGCUCUCGAACUCCUCCUCCGCAUGUCUCCCCUCGCCGCGAUCCAAUCGCUCUUAUGCGCCGUCCUCAAAGGGGAGAUGUCCUCAUUCGCAUCCGCGACUACUAGUGGUGAGGUCACCACUUACACCGCAAUCGCGCUCCUCGGCAACGGUCUCCUCGCCUUCUUCCUCAACGUCUCCUCCUUCCAAACCAACAAACUCGCCGGCGCACUUACCAUUUCCGUCUGCGGGAACGUGAAGCAGUGCCUCACCAUCAUCAUCGGCAUAACCCUCUUCAACGUCAAGGUCGGGCCACUCAACGGCAUCGGCAUGGCCAUCGCCUUGGCUGGCGCGGCAUGGUACAGCAAAGUGGAGCUCGACUCGAAAGGCGAGAAAAACAGCAAGCUAAGCAACCCUCCGGCGCAAGGAGGGAGCGCGAUCCAGGAGGUCAAGAUAAAAACGUUGGGAGGCCAUCCAACGUCAUCCCUUACAUUACUCCCGAUUCUGGACAUCCGGCAUAUUACCGGCAACUUCUAUUCCCUCGUAUUACUCAGACUUGAGAUUCCGGGCAUCUGA